GCGAGCGAGCCAGAAAGGGCGGCUUGGUUGGUUGGCUGCCUGGCUGCCUGGCUGGCUGUCAGGGUUGCCUCUCUCCUUUUCUUUCUUUUCUUUCCUCUUUCUCUCCCCCACCCCCCUUUACUCCCCUCCUCCUGCUGCCUCUGUUGUUGUUGAUGCAAAAGGGGAUCAAGCGAGCAAAAGGACGUCCCCAUUCCCUCGGAGCGUCUGGAGCCGGCUAGAACUUCGCCAAAAGGAGGAACCCUUGAUGAUUUUUAUUUUUAUUUUUCAGAAAAAUUAUUAGCAGUGGGGUUUUUUUUCUCUCCCCCUCCCUCCCAUUCUCUUCCUUUUACCUCCUAAUUUGGGAUUUCCCACCCACGCCCGCCCUCCUGUCCUCCCUCCUUUUUCUUUUUCUUGGUUUAAAAAAUAAUAAUUUGGGGGCAGCGCGAGAGAGAGAUCAGGACCAUGGCUCGACCUCUGCCUCUGAAUCCAACUUUCCUACCUCCAACCUACGGGGUGCUGAAAUCUCUGCUGGAAAACCCGCUCAAGCUACCGCUGCAGCAUGAAGACGCGUUUUAUAAAGAAAAAGACAAAGAGAAAAAGCUGGAUGAGGACAAUACCAAUGCCAUGGUCCCACAGUCCGCUUUCCUGGGUCCUACAUUAUGGGACAAGACGCUUCCCUACGAUGGCGACACUUUCCAAUUGGAAUACAUGGACCUGGAAGAGUUUCUCUCGGAGAACGGCAUUCCGCCCAGCCCGGCCCAGCACGACCACAGCCCUCACCAACCAGCUCUUCAGCAAUCUACCUCAGCAUCACCUUCCGUCAUGGACCUCAGCAGCAGAGCAUCCACAUCGGCCCACCCUUCCAUGGUUUCUCAGAACUGCAUGCAGAGUCCAGUCAGGCCAGGUCAAAUCGUGCCUGCAAAUCGCAACACGCCAAGCCCCAUUGAUCCAGAGACCAUUCAGGUUCCGGUGGGAUAUGAACCUGACCCGGCCGAUCUCGCUCUUUCCAGCAUUCCUGGCCAGGAGAUGUUUGACCCCCGUAAGCGCAAGUUCUCCGAGGAGGAGCUCAAGCCACAGCCAAUGAUUAAGAAAGCCCGCAAAGUCUUCAUCCCAGAGGAUCUGAAGCAGGAUGACAAAUACUGGGCAAGACGCAGAAAGAACAACAUGGCUGCCAAGCGCUCCAGAGAUGCUCGGAGGCUGAAGGAGAACCAAAUUGCCAUUCGCGCCUCGUUCCUGGAGAAGGAGAACUCCGCUCUGCGCCAAGAGGUGGCCGAUCUACGAAAAGAGCUGGGCAAAUGCAAGAAUGUCCUUGCCAAGUAUGAAGCCCGGCAUGGUCCUCUGUAAAUGGCAUUCCCACCCACCCCUUUCUGCCCUCCCUUCCCCCCUUCUUUCUUCUCUUUUCUUCUCUUUUCUUUCUUUCUUAUUUCUUUUCGGUGGGUUGGCAUUUGAAUCGAUGGACAGUGUGUUUAUUGCUUGAUAGCACCACACCCAAACACCCCCAACCUUUCACCAUCAGCACUUUACCAAGAAAACAGAAACAAAACAAAAAAACAGCGUACAACUUUUUUUUCUAUGUGCGUACACGCAUGCGCGGGUCUGUGUAUGUGUGGGCGUGUGUGCAUGUUCACCUCAGCACUCCCCAUUUUUAUGGAAAUGGAAGGGUGACCAGUUUUCACUGGGACUGCUGAAACCUGCCAUAGUUAAGCUUUUCGUUAAACAAUUAAAUAUUUUCCAGUGCUGCUUUGAACUAGGUUUUAUUAUUAUUAUUAUUAUUACUAUUGUUAUCAUUUUACCCUUUUGCCAUUCUCUUGGUUUAAUUUCGAAAGCGAGAACGGAAAGAAUGAAUCGCGCUAUAAGUGGAGGAGGAAGAAAAUAAAGGAGGCCGAUCUCUCCAGCCUACCCUCCCUGAAUCUCUUGUUUGAAUAUGCCUAAUCAGACAUAUUUAACUUGCUACUGCAAAUGCACAAAUGAUAUUUUAAUGCUACACUGCAGAAAUAUUUAAUUUAUAGAUUUUUCUCCUUCUUUUGUUUUGUUGUGUUCUUAAGCUUUGGUGAUAAAAAAAAAAGAGAGAGAGAUCUUCAGGCUCGCACUGCUGCUGAUAGUUUUCUCGGUAGAUCUCGUAAGAAACAGCUGAAGUUUCCUUUCAUGGCUCUAAAACCCAAAAGCUGCAAAUAAAUCACAGGGAGUGUUAUUUUUUGUUUUGUUUUGCACAGCCUGAACGUAAGCAAUAAUCCUCUUGUGCACUCUGGUAUGUUACUUGCAAUGUUCCAGGUGGACAUAGGAUCAACGUCACUACCUAAUAAGAUAAUUUCCCACUGGGUUUUUCUUUGUAAUUUGUAAAAACUUAUUGAUAGGCUGCUACAAGAACCUCCCAAACAUGGUUUAGUUUUUAAUUGCUGGAAGCCAUCCCCACUGAGCGAUGCAAAUGCUCAAACAGAAAAGUGGGGGAUAAGUUUUCUAAAGCAGUCAAGCAAUGGUGCAGGCAGAGGCUGCAGUUAGAGGGCCAGUCUAGGCAUUUUGCCACCUUAUGACAAAUCAAAGUCUUGCUCCCCCUGCUGGUGCCAUACGCUGAGCACAACGUUAAUAUUAUCAAGUGCUGACUUAGGAUCUUAGGAUACUGUUCUGUUAAAAAUUGCCCGUUAACUUCUCUUACGCUUCCAUACAGCUAUGUCUGCCCUCUGGUGAGGGAUGUACCUCUGCAGAAAUCAAAAGGCUGUUGACUGCAGGAACAGGGAGAGUCCUUUGGCUCUCUGGAUAUUGCCGUACUACAAUUCCCAUCAUCCUUGGCCAUUGGGCAUACUUGCUGUGGCUCAUGGGAGUUGGAGUCCAGUAGCAACUGGAGGGCUACAACUUUCCUAUUGCUGCUGCAUGGGAUGUUAAACCCAGCCGCCGAGCUGCUCUGCUGCCCCUAUGGCAUAGGUGCCAACUCCCAGAUUAAAAAAUCCGGGAGCGGCAGCAUCACGCACCGGAAGUCGCACUGCGGCCAUUUUGGAACUGGGCAGAGUGGCACUGGAAGUUGCUUCUACGCAUGCUCUGCCCAUUUCCAAAAUGGGCAGGGCAGCACCGGAAGUUGCUUCUACGCAUGCUCUGCCCAUUUCCAAAAUGGCCGCAGCGCCAGAAAUCGCUUCUGCGCAUGUCCAGAGACUCCAAACAUGUGCAGAAGGAGCUUCCCCGGGCCGGUAAGAAUCCGGGGGAUUUACAGGUUUUUUUAAAAAAAUCCGGGCUGCCAGCGGGAAACGCUGGAAAAACGUGGGUUUCCCGGGGAAUACGGGAGACUUGGCAGCUAUUCCCUAUGGACCUCCUCCGAAAUUGCAGGCUGCUGUGACAGUUCCUGAAGGCGGUGACAGCAGAAGCAGACAGCUCUCGGAUUGUGGCACCACAAGUGGUUGUGUAGUUUUACGUCCACAGUUGGGCCAGCCUGGUGUACAUAUACUGCUGUGCUUGCAGAUGUCCACCGCUUGCCCCCAACUGAAAGUAUAACUAACUGGUCCAGACACCUAUGGCAAUGCGGAUACCCUAUUAAUGGGGAGAUGAUAAGGUUGUGUUUGGGCUCAGCCCCACACGGUCCCACCUGCCCCACUCCUCAAACAGUCCACUGGUGUUACAAGGGCAUAGGGGGGCAGUGAUUGCCUUUGCUGGAUUGGGGUGCAAAAGACACAUGGCAAUUCAUUGGCAAGAAAACGAAAACGAAAACUUUCAAAUAUUCACCGCUUUUGGAGUUUGGAGGGUUUAUUGUUAUUAUUGCUGUUAUGAUUGUUAUUUCCUUUGCCAUUUGCAUUUCUUCAAGUCCUGUUUAUGUGAUUAAAGACUUUAAAUUCAGCUCUAUAUUCAACAUUUCUAUAAAAUACUUUCUGUGGACUUCUUCCUUGCUGUUUCUCCAGAUUCUUUUGACUCGGCGAGAAGUCACUUUUUGCAAAUCCUACUUUUCCUUGAGAUGUUUUGUUUCUGAUUGUAUCAUAAAAGCAAUGGUUCUCAAACUUUCUCCUGUUGUUUUCCGCUUUUUGUUCUCGUUUUGCUUUCUAAACUUGUGUUAUAUUAUAGUGGACUUUCUGCAGGAAAUAUUUUUUUAAAAAGUGAAUGUAGGAGAUGCAGGUCUGUAUUGAAAGGUGAUGGUGUUGUCAUACUGUGGCUAAUCCAAUCCAUGCAAAUGUUUUCUGAAGACCAAAAGAACACGAUUAUUUACGAUAUGUAUAAAGUUUCUACAGAAUCAUUAGAGUGUGCUUUUUUGUACAGUAUUUUUUCAAGGACGAAUGCUGAUUGUGUAUUUUGAGAGAAAGAGCGUAUAUCACAGGCUAAGCAGCGAGGAGAAAUAAAAAGAAAAUAUUCCAUGUUUAAAGGCAGAGCAAAGAUAUAUAUCUCUUUAUAUAUUUGUUAGCAUUGUACAGAGAGGAGAUGCUUCUAGAUUGUUGUUUUCCCCAUCCCCCUUGAGAUCUUUCUUAUUUUUUUGCUUACCACUGAGACAUCGGAAGGGUUUUGUGCUUUAAGUUGGGGCGUGAUCCAUCGCCAUGUGGGUGCAGCUGCUUGUGCACGUGAAGAGAUCGCAUUGGGUUGAAUUGGACACUGCUGUUCCUUGCGCUCCUCAGCAUGCAGCCACCUUGGCACAUGCUUGGAGGAUGAACACUGCGCACGUGGGCGACCGUGGGCCGGAUUGAGACAGGGAGUUGUGCAAUAUAAUCAUUUCUUGGUUCAGGGCGCUGCAGUGUAUGAACGCCGCUAAAAGGAACGUACCUCACUGGGUCUUUGUGGAAUCCCUCCACGCAUAGCUGGCCUUGCCCACAUUCAGAUGGAUUGUGCCCUAAACAUUUUAUGGAAGUUAAAAAAACAAAACAAAACAAAAAAACGGUUCUCCAGGGUCCUUUGUAUUUGUAAUAAAUAAAUAACUGUUUUCCCAUUCAUGUAAUGAGGAUGGUUUUUUUUUUCCAACAACAAUGCAGCGAGUCCCAUUUGCCAAGGAAAAAAGCACAAAAUACUCUGUGAUGCUCAUCACAGGGCUUAGGUUAAACAGCAUCUUGCACAAAACAGUAAUAAAGCUUGCACAUUCCCUGCCUUCUUUCACAUUUCACAUUUGUUGCUGUGGCAAGGUGUUGCCUCCACCCUGAGGAGCAUCUUGUUUGUGUGACUUGUUUGUGUGACUACUUCUUCUUUUGUUCAUGUAUACCAGGCAUGUCCAACAGGUAGAUCACUGGACGUCUGCGGUAGAUCACUGGUAGAUCAUUGGCUCCCCCCCAAAGAAGCUGAACAACUCAACAACUUUGACCCGACCCCCCCCCCAAAAAUGGGCCUUCCUCCUUCCUAAAAAUAGUUCAACAACUUUGACCUGAACCCCCAAAAGGGGGUAGAUCACUGGCCAGUUUUUAACUCUGUGAGUAGAUCGCAGUCUCUUGGGAGUUGGCCACCCCUGAUGUAUACAACCCAAUGGUUCUUUAGAGUGAGGCGGGGUUCCCAAAUAAUAAUACUUUUUUUAUUUGUAAACACACACCCCAUCUAACUGGGUCGCCCCAGCCACUCUGGGUGGCUCCCAACAGAGGACUGAAAACAGAAUAAAACAUCAAACAUUAAAAACUUCCCUAAACAGGGCUGCCUUCAGAUGUCUCCUAAAAGUCAGGUAGUUGUUUAUCUCCUUGACAUCUGCUGGGAGGGCAUUCCACAGGGCAGGUGCCCACUACCGAGAAGGCUUUCUGCCUGAUUUCCUGUGACCUCACUUCUCGCAGUGAGGGAACCGCCAGAAGGCCCUCAGCGCUGGAUCUCAGUGUCCGGGCUGGACAAUGAGAGUGGAGAUGCUCCUUCGGGUAUACUGGGCCAAGGCUGUUUAGGGCUUUAAAGGUCAUCGCCAACACUUUGAAUUGUGCUCAGAAACGUACUGGGAGCCAAUGUAGGUCUUUUGGGACCGGUGUUAUAUGGUCCCGGUGGCCACUCCCACUCAACUGCUGCGUUCUGGAUUAGUUGUAAGGAAGAUCAGGCUGCGGAGUCUCCUUGAUGACUUCCUGGUGAACAUCUCUAUUGAAGAAGGAGACAGGGCCCCAAUCCUUCAGAGCAGCACUGUAAGCUGCAUACACCAUCCUUGGGGAAUAAUUCAGAGGAAGUUGGGGCCCUUUCACAUAUUACACCAGGCAUGUCAAACUUGCGGCCCUCCCGAUGUUUUGGACUACAAUUCCCAUCUUCCCCAACCACUGGUCCUGUUAGCUAGGGAUCAUGGGAGUUGUAGGCCAAAACAUCUGGAGGGCCGCAUGUUUGACAUGCCUGUAUUACACAGAGGCAAACCAUGCCUUGCCACCCAGUGUUUUUUCCACAACAAGGAGGUUUAGCCAUUCAUAGCUUCUUGAGGAGCAACACCACAUUUGUCACCUGUAUGCCUGACAUUUUCAGAAAAAAAAAUUCUAGAAAAAGAGGUGCCGGAACUCACCAUGAAUGCCUCCCUUAUUCUAUUGUUACUAUUACUACUACCACCGUACUACAAUUUAUAUACAGUGGUACCUCGGUUUAAGUACACAAUUGGUUCCGAAAGUCUGUACUUAACCUGAACCAUACUUAACCUGAAGCGAACUUUCCCAUUGAAAGUAAUGGAAAGUGGAUUAAUCCGUUCCAGGCGGGUCCGCGGAGUACUUAAACUGAAGCGAACUUUCCCAUUGAAAGUAAUGGAAAGUGGAUUAAUCCGUUCCAGACGGUCCGUGGAGUACUUAAAAUGAAGUGUACUUAACCUGAAGUGAACUUUCCCAUUGAAAGUAAUGGAAAGUGGAUUAAUCCGUUCCAGACAGGUCUGCGGAGUACUUAAACUGAAAGUACUCAAACCGAAGCGUACUUAAACCGAGGUCUGACUGUACUGCCCUUUAUCAACAGAUCUCAGGGUGGUGGACCAUAUUAAAAACACAUUACAGAACAUCAGUGAUAAAAUCAUAAUAAAAACAUCCUUUUUGGCCCUGGCAGCCAGUGACCCCAGUAGCCCAGUGAGGCGAUGGCUCCCACCUGAGGGGUGCUGCAACUGAGUUCCAGUGAGUUCCAGCUGAAAGAAAAUUCUGUCAGAAGUUAAGCUGAAAAUUGCAGGGUAUGUGACGGGUCUCGGGUGCAUUUAAUUCCCGUUGAAAUCAUAAGGUACACUGGGUGGUGUUGGACUUAUGCUCAAAGUCAUGCUCAUUCAUUUCAAUGGGUCUACUCUUGUGUAAAACCUAGCUGAACUGAAUUGCACCCUUUUGUGUGGAUUCUUGGGGCCAGGGUUAUCCCUAUGCCUAUUAUUCCCUUUCUUACUCGUGAAACACUGAUCCUGCCAUUUUCUUCCCCACCUCAUUCUGCCUCUGGUUGAGGACCAGGUUAGGCCCAGCCGGGUGAAUUAUCUAUUUUUUGGGUUAGCCUUUGUUAUACUCCAACAGACUAGAACAGUUAUUUCCUUGUCAUGAUGAGGCUUGCUCUGACAAAGUAAAAACAAAAAUGGGCACACAUUAUUCGUACAUCAGGAAAUUACGGUGCUAUGAGUUUCUCAAGAAUUGCUCAAAGCAAGCGCUUGUUUAUUCCAAUAAAACACACCUUAUUCUGAAGGUGAUUUAGGCAAAAAUACACCUUAUUCUGGCAUAGACAAUUCUGUUUUCCCAUUAUUAUGCAGAUUUCCCGGAGAGGGUUUUGCCCCUCCGAAAAAAUGUACCACUUGUUUUACCACAUCUGUAUUUCUAUGGACCAUUAUUCCAGUGGAGGGAAUACCUUGCAGCUAUUUAGAAUGUAAGCUAUUCUUUACUGGCCAGUAAAAAAAAAGGAAAAGAAAAAAGUAAUUUAAUAAUAAAUAAAUAAAUAAUCCCACCGCCUGUAAAAAUGAAAGUCGUAGAUGCAACCCAAACAAAGAUAAAAGUUCCAUGGGGUCCCAUUGAGUCCAGUGUGGGAGGGGAGCACAUAUUCAAACUCCCUCCCGUUGAAAUCAAUGAGACUUAAAAGUGCUUAACUCUGGCUGAUUCGUGCUCAGAUAUGUGUUUUUUUUAAAAAAAAUGCCUUUAAAAAAGACAAUGCCAGGCUGUAAGCACAUUUCAGGGAGCAAAAGAGAGAGAAAAGGCCUUUUAAAAGGUAUGUUUCUAUGGCGGAAUGCAUACAACUGUUUCAUGUGGUGAUUGCGACAUGAUGUUUGAAUAUGACUGCAUGCGCUGAUCUGAUGUCUGCUAUGGGUGUUUUGAGUCUCCAAUGUGCAAGAAGGUCGGGAGGAAAGGAAUCGAGGUUACAGUGUCCAUAAGCAGUAAUGUAGGGAACCUGUGGCCCUGCGGAAGUUGUCAGACUCCAGCUCCCAUCAUCCCCCAUCUAGAAUGGCCAAUAGAGAUGUUGGCAGUUAUAUAUGGGAGUCAGGAGGACCACACAUCCCCUUAGUGUCAGUGAUUCCCCCCCCAAAAAAAAAUAUACCACAAUUCUUCACAAGUCUAAUCAGACAUAAAUCCCACUGGGUACGUAGGUAAGUAGGUAUAGGACUGCAGCCUUAGAAAAAUAUAUAUAACUUUGGCAUGUGGUAAACCAGGGUUUCCAAAACUUGGGUCUCCUGCUAUUUUUGGACUACAAAUAGGCACAGUCUCAAGGGACGGGUGGCUGCUAUCAUCGUGGCACAGAACUCGCCAGCAAAAGUUCUCUAGCACGAUGCCGUGGCAGCGGGGCCAUUGACAGAGCUGGGAUUUGUUCUGAUUAGUGCUGUGUAACUCUGGUCAGCAAUUCAAUGGGCCGGAGGGCCACUCUAAGACAGAUGGCCUUGUAGGGAUAAGAAGAAAUAUCCCUUCUAAAAUCUCCAGACUGGCACAUUUACUGGGAGAGGCUGCAGGAAACUGCACUCCUGGAGUUUCUCCUGAAACCAGUAACCGGAAGCCUGGCUAUAGCUAAAAGGCUCUCUAUACCUGACGGUUGCCAAUAACCCAAGUUUGGCCUGGUACCCUGAACUGUCUGCCACUGCUGUAUAGGAUUUGAGAUCACACAUCUUUCCAUGAGAGUCAGGUGUAUGUAAAGGAGCAAAACUUAGCCUUAUCUUUUGAACUGAUGUUUCUUCUCCGGCGAUACCAGCCUUUAUUUUUACUCGGAAGUGUGUGUAUUUGUACGUGUGUGAGAGAGAGGGAUUGUGAGGUUGCAUUAGCGCAUGCAUGUAGUGAGUUUGCAUAUUAUUCUUUUAACUUGGAAAAAUAUAUAAAACAAAAUACUGGAUCCGGGCUAUGUUAAACGUCCCGUUGAAAUCAGUGCGAGAAGUUAAGUCAUGACAGCCCUGUAUCCCACUGAUUUCUUUGUGCCCAAAAUAUAGCAAACUUACCAUCCCCCCCCCUCUUGCUCUCUCCCAUGAUCGACCACUGUAUUUCUGGCAACACCACAAGACCACCUCUGUUAACAGGAUUUUAUCAAAUAAGAUCAAAUUUUAUGUAUGUCAUGAAAUGGAUUGAGUUCUGUAUGCUUUUCAGCCCAAAUCUUUCUGUCUGUUAUUCUUUAAUGUUUAAUAAAAUCAUUUAAUUUUU